GGGGAGGGGUUGCCUGAUGCACUGGAUUAUAUCGAACCGGGCGACGAGAAGCUGCGAGGACGAGUUUGUCCGAUGAAUCCACUCUACGCGAGCUUGAGAAAGUGUCGAUUGGACGGAAGCUGAGAAGGGGCGUGCGACAAUCUCCUUCUAGCAUUAGGUGGAGGAUGUAAUCUGUUUUUGCCGCGUUGAUUGGUGUCGGAACCGUGCAAUUUGCCUGCCCCUGUGAUCUGCGGGAAGCGGAGGAAGAGGAGCGAGCGAGCUCGAGGCGAGACGCGGAUCGAGCAUGGGGCGGUGCAAGGUCGAGAGAGUGAAUGCCGUCAUUUGCUCUUGCGGAGCUUCUGCAGCUGGAGGGCGUUUGGCGUGGACGAAAAUGGCGUCGGAGUGAUGCUGACAGGCAUCGGGGAGAUCCGGUGUCUUGGCACGGGCUUGGAGUCUAAAGCUUCGCUUUAGACUGAAUUUGAGUGUGUCGCUUUGAGAAGAGAGCACCAAUGAGUGGAGAAAACCGAGCGAGGAUGUUGAUGCCAUUACAAAAUACUAUGAGGCUGGCGGGCCAUUCCCUCCAGCCUCAAGGCCAUACUCUGUUUCUGAGGGAGCCGAACAAGGUUGAGCACCCUUUUGUCCUGUGUGCUGCGCCCCUUGGUGACAUGCACCCUGCGGCCAGUACUGUGCUCGAAACCGUCGAAGACGAGGAGAAGUUGCUGGCAGUAGCGCAUCAACACUACAAAGCAGGAAAUUAUCAGUUGGCAUUGGAACAUUGUAACAUUGUAUAUGAGAGGAACUCGAAACGUACAGAUGCCCUGCUCUUACUCGGUGCUAUCUACUACCAACUACACGAUUUUGACAUGUGUAUUGCAAAGAAUGAGGAGGCGAUUCGACUGGAUCCAGAAUUUGCAGAAUGCUAUGGUAACAUGGCUAAUGCCUUGAAGGAGAAAGGAAACAUCGACCACGCUAUACACUAUUACACGUUGGCUAUAGAGUUGAGACCAAAUUUUUGUGAUGCUUGGUCCAAUUUGGCGAGUGCAUACAUGCGGAAAGGAAGACUUGACGAAGCAGCACAGUGCUGUAGACACGCCCUGUCUCUGAACCCUCGAUUGGUCGAUGCUCAUAGCAACCUUGGCAACCUUUUCAAAGCUCAAGGACUAACACAUCACGCGUACGUCUGCUACACUGAAGCCAUCCGAAUUCAGCCAAAUUUUGCAAUUGCAUGGUCAAACUUGGCUGGUUUGUUCAUGGAGGCUGGAGAUUUUGAGAAAGCGCACACUUACUACAAGGAAGCGAUUCGCUUAAAGCCAAACUUUUCAGAUGCUCACCUCAAUCAGGGAAACGUCCUCAAGGCGCUUGGAAUGCCUCAAGAAGCAAUACUUUGUUAUCAGAGGGCAAUACAGUUACGUCCUGACUACGCGAUUGCUUAUGGAAAUCUAGCGAGCGUGUACUACGAGCAAGGUCAAUUGGAUCUUGCGAUUAUUCAUUACAAGCAAGCGAUACUUUUGGAAUCGACGUUUCUCGAAGCGUAUAAUAAUCUGGGAAACGCCCUGAAGGAUGCCAACCGGGUGGAAGAAGCUAUCAGUUGCUACCAGUCGUGUCUUGCAUUACAAGCCAAUCAUCCUCAAGCUCUUACAAAUCUUGGAAACAUCUACAUGGAGUGGAACCUCGUCAAUACAGCUGCAAACUUUUACAAAGCAACUUUGAGUGUCACUACUGGUCUUUCUGCUCCAUACAGCAAUCUUGCGACCAUUUAUAAACAACAGGGACACUACGCCGAGGCUAUUGCCUGUUACAAUGAAGUUAUGAGGAUAGAUCCGACGGCGGCAGAUGGGCUUGUCAACAGAGGAAAUACAUUGAAAGAAAUUGGCCGCGUGAGCGAAGCAAUUGCAGACUACCUACGAGCUGUAACUAUUCGUCCAAAUAUGGCUGAAGGGCACGCAAAUUUGGCUUCGGCCUACAAGGAUAGUGGGCAUGUAGAGGCCGCAAUAAAAAGCUACAAGCAGGCUUUGGUGCUACGGUCCGAUUUUCCCGAAGCUACAUGCAAUCUCCUCCACACCCUUCAGUGUGUCUGUGACUGGGAAGAUCGCGAUAACAAGUUUUUGGAGAUUGAAGCUGUCGUUAAACGUCAAGUGAAGAUGUGUGCACUUCCCAGUGUUCAACCUUUUCAUGCGAUUGCAUACCCGAUUGAUCCUUUGCUUGCUCUCGAUAUCAGCCGUAAGUACGCAGAACACUGCUCUCUUAUUGCCUCACGAUUACAGCUGCAACCAUUCGUCCAUCCCGCCGCAGUACCCGUGAAAAAGGAAGGCGGCAGCGGGAGGCUACGUGUUGGAUACGUGAGCAGCGAUUUCGGAAACCACCCACUUUCCCAUCUUAUGGGCUCCGUUUUCGGAAUGCAUAAUCGCGAGCAUGUUGAGGUAUUUUGCUAUGCGUUAAGCCAGAGUGAUGGCAGCGAAUGGAGGCAGCGCAUAUCUGCUGAAGCAGAACACUUUAUCGAUGUGUCCUCGUUGUCUUCAGAUAUAAUAGCUAAAAUGAUCGCCGAAGAUCAUAUUCAGAUUCUAGUGAAUCUCAAUGGGUACACAAAGGGUGCCAGGAAUGAAAUAUUUGCUUUACAACCAGCUCCUAUUCAAGUCUCCUACAUGGGAUUCCCGGGAACAACUGGUGCAGACUACAUCGACUACUUGGUUACAGAUGAACUCGUUUCACCCUCAAAGUACGCACACAUAUACUCUGAGAAGCUUGUCCACCUGCCGCACUGCUACUUUGUUAAUGACUACAAGCAGAAAAAUCGGGAUGUUUUGGACCCCAGUAUUCAACUGAAGCGAUCAGAUUAUAACCUACCGGAAGAUAAAUUUCUGUUUGCCUGUUUCAACCAACUGUAUAAGAUGGACCCAGAGAUUUUUACCACAUGGUGUAAUAUCUUAAAACGAGUACCCAACAGUGCUAUCUGGCUUCUUCGCUUUCCAGCUGCUGGUGAAAACCGACUUCGCGCAUUUGCUGCAGCACAGGGCGUAAGACCAGAGCAAAUCAUCUUUACCGACGUAGCUGCCAAAAAUGAACACAUCCGCCGGAGUGAAUUGGCAGACCUUUUCCUUGACACUCCACUUUGCAAUGCCCAUACAACGGGCACAGAUGUUCUUUGGGCAGGCCUUCCCAUGAUAACUCUUCCAUUGGAGAAAAUGGCCACUCGUGUGGCAAUGUCGCUUUGUUAUGCGGCUGGUUGUGGUGAAGAUAUGGUAGUGAGCAGUAUGCAUGAGUACGAGGAGAGGGCAGUGCGUUUGGCCGAAAACCCAACUCUUCUAAAGGAGGUUACGAACAAGCUACGAGCGAAUCGGCUAACAAGCCCCUUGUUUGAUACUGCUCGUUGGGUGCGGAAUUUGGAAAGAUCAUACUUCAAGAUGUGGCAUUUGUUCUGCAAGGGCAAUCAUCCACAACCUUUCAAAGUGUUGGAGGAUGAUGUGGAGUUUCCGUACGAUGGGUAAUGGAUAUGAUGGCAUGUCUUGCAUUUGCAGGCAGAUCUUAAUUUGUGGGAGAUGUAAAAGCCAUCUUUUCCACAAUGUUGACAAGGUCCUUACUUCACAAACUUAUAAUGGUAAUCUUCGAUCUGUCUCCACAAAAUGUGAAUUCCCAUAUGAUGCACUGUGGCGGUAUUUGACUGACCUGGCCCUUGGAAUGAUAUGUGGACAUUCAGUGUUGAUGGGGGUGCUGGUGGCUUGACUAAUUCUUGCCUUCAUUGGCAUCACAGAGUAGGAAACUUGGCCCCAUCCCUCGUAAAGUAAGGGUAAGGAUAGUCGGGCUCUCUCAUGUGACAAACGAACCAUCGGCUGGUACAGUGGUCGUCUGCUCAAGCGUUCUGCAGGUCUGCAUUCCCUUCAUUAGCACAGCAGACAACGGAGAAGAUAGAUGGGAACCUUUGGGAUUGUUUGUUCCCCAUGAGAGGUCUGCAUUCAGUGGUUGCGUACCACCAGCCAGGUCCACUUUACCCUCAUGGCAAGGGUUACCUUUUUACAGGCUAAUACGUUUCUUUAGCUACAAUUCGAAAUACAUUCUUUUCUUAAGCACUCCUCUGAAGCAUUCUGCUUCAGAGAUAAUGUCUUAAAGUUUUCGUUGCCAGCAAGGCAAGUUAGCGUGGAAAGUGAGGCGAGUUGCAAAUUCGAACAAAGUAAUAAAGAAAUUCUCCUUCACAGGUGGAUGGAUUUCGGC